AUGCCAAAUGACGUGGAGGUGAAGCAAUUACACAGUAAUUUCUUCCGAGUAAAAGAAAUCAUUACAGUUGGAGAAAAGCUGUUAUUUCCUGAUUUUCAUGACGAUGCUGUCAAUGAGAAUGUGUCCUUUCUCCCACAUAAAAUUGCCCAAAACAUUCCUUUCCAAACCCAACAAGUGUUGAACAUAGUAGAGGCCUUUCACAUUCCAUCCACUGGAUCGGAGCUUCUCAUAAAGAAAAUGGCUUCAACUCUUAAGGUAUGUGAAGCACCUCCUUCUAGCAUAGAGACCAAAAGAUGUGUUAUUUCUAUAGAGUUUAUGGCAGAGUUUCUGUCCAGUGUCAUUGGUGGGUCCAACCAUAAGCAGAAUGUUGAAGUGGUGGAGGGCAUUGUCUCAACCAAAAAACUCUCCAAACGUGUGGUUACAGUAAAGGGCGCAAAACUCUUGGCUCCAUCCUCAAUCAAACAUGUGGCUUGUCACUCUAUGUUAUUUCCUUUUAAAGUUUAUUACUGUCAUUAUGUGAAGAGUACAAAUAUGUAUUUGGUAGCAUUGAAGGAUGAGCAAAGUGGAAUUGAGCAGAAUGUGGUUGCUGAAUGUCAUAUGGAUACUAAACCUUAUCCUACUGAAAGCCUGGCGCUGCUCGACCUCAAACUAAAACCAGGAGAGGGCGAGUUUUGUCACUGGGUACCUAGCGGUACUCUUCUUUUCAUCGAGAAGGUUUGA